AGGACACACGGAGUGCAGUUUUUUUUCAAAGUGACCCGUUUUAUAGAGACCCAUGAAACUUUUCAUUCGUGAGCAAAGUAAUGGGAUUGCCAAAGCUAAUUCUGUGACCGUGUAGUGACUUCCGCGUAACGCGCGAAAAUACCUUUACUCGUGAUAUUUGAACUAUUUUUUAUGAUAAACCAACGCGGUAUAAUUAGUGAAAUCUAAUCCAACGAAAGAAAUAAGAUAUAACCGUGUAGUCCCUCGGAAGAUUUAUCCUGAUAUUUCGGGCCGCGCUCGACUGCAAUUGUGAUAAGCGUUCCCGUGGAGUGGUGGAUGCCGCGAUAAGACUUCGCUCGGACUUUACCGAAACUCUCACGGAAUUCUCGUCCACGAGAUUUUAAUCUCUUGGAUGUCCAAAUGAUUUAGCUUCACCUGUCAUGACACUCACGCAAACACUGCACACGUGGCCAUGGUUUUUUAUUUGCUUUUCAUGUGAAAGAUAGAAGGUUUUGAUUUGAAUUUUUUGUUUUGUUUUUGAAUUGAAUUUCAUAAGAUUUGUAAUUGAACGAGUUAUAGAUCAUAUCUAUCCAAAAUCAAACCGGAAUUGAUCAGUGAGCUUGCCAUUAAUCUAGUUUGAAAAGUCCUUUAUGAGACUAAGAAUCGGGUAAAGUUACUGAAUGAUUAAUCAUUUACGUGAUUAGUAAUUACUCCCUUACGUAAUUAAUUAAUCACUUAUGUGAUUAAUUAGUCGCCUACGUGAUUAAUUUCGGAUAAAUUAGGUUUGAAUGAUUUACUGUACAAUCCGACAUCAGCGUUAGAAGAAACUAAAACAGUUCGGUUUUUUGUCAGUCUUCAAUCUCAGAGCCAUCGUUUAACUUUACAGAUAUUGACCAAAUUAAAAUUAUCACGUUUUUCGUGCCCAGACAUUGAAAUAAAAGUCACAGUUUCUUGACUUUUCAACGAAUGCUAGAUUUUGAUAAAUUAUGUGGAGUAUUUUAUUGCGUAGUUAAUAAGCGCUCACCCAGCCCUCUCGUCUGCUACGUUGCAGUGAAUGACGGCUAAAACGUUUGCGUGGAUCAAGUCAAGGAGACAAGAUGAACCAGCUGUGUAAAGUGUGCGCGGAGCCAGCAGCUGGCUUCCACUUUGGGGCCUUCACGUGCGAGGGAUGUAAGAGUUUCUUCGGGAGGACAUACAACAAUUUAUCGCAAAUACACGAAUGCAAGAACGGAGGACAAUGCGUAAUAAACAAACAAAACAGAACGUCAUGCAAGGCGUGCCGUUUGAGGAAAUGCUUGGUUGUCGGCAUGUCCAAGACUGGAUCGAGCAGAUAUGGCCGGCGAUCAAACUGGUUCAAGAUCCACUGUCUGCUACAAGAACAGUGUGGGUACUCGAGUUCUGCAGGCCAGUUCACCUCCUUCCGCAGUCCUGUGACGCCUACCCUGCAGGACGGUUCCUUGCCCUUCGUAAACACUCAACUGAGGGACGCUCUUCGCAUGGAGGCGCCCCUCACUCCUGCAGAUCACAGCAUCUCUCCCACUGCUAGGAUCCCCAUCACUUCCUCAGGGUCCGGCGUGUGUAUAAGGACUCCCGUUAGCGAGGAGCUUGUGACCUCAGCAGCAGCGAUGUCGGAGCAGCGGAGCCCGCACAGCUUCGGUGUAGGGCAAAUGGGCGCGGUUGAACGCCGCAUUAAAGAAGAGACCCUGAACGCUAUAAGAAGAGGAGUAGGUAUGCCGGACAGUGAACUUGAGGCUACGUAUCGGGAGCAACUUUUUGAAGCGAUCCGAAGGUCGCACAACUUACAACCUCCUCGGCUCCUGGACACAAAUGCGGUCCAGUCCAUGAUGAGGCCUACGCCUGAGUGUGAUCCCGUGCGACGCAUAGAAGUGAAGUUCGAACGCGUACGUCGUGCAUCCUCGGAGUCUGAGAAUAGAAUUAAUUCUGGCAAUGGAUAUGAUUGGGAUCGAAGGCUUCAGGACACUCCUGUCUUUAGUGAGUGUUUGCCUCUUAAGUCUACGUCACCUCAUUCGUCGAAAGAUUUAUUGAGCGUUAGUGUUGGUCAAAACACAGAAUGCUCCACUACCUGCUCUCAAAUCAAAAGAGAGAUUAUUGCCAACGAAAUAGAUUCAGUUCAUAAGGUUGUUUCUGACGGAACGUCUGAAAGAUCGUCGGACAAUCGGUCUCCAGUUUGUCAUACACCAAAGUCUCAAAAAAAUUCCAGAUUAUCUGAAGACUCGGGAACUCCCAUGACAGAAGAGGAAAGGUUGUCUUUCUUGAAAUCCACCAGCAAAAUAUCAGCAAAUAUUCCAGUCUCAAGAGAAGGCUCGGUCAUUAAUAGUUUCCAUGGUAUUCCUGGAUUGUUUCCUCACCGUCCUCCGAGAGAUGAUAUUCUGUACACGCCUUUAAAUAAUAAUAUUUUCCCGUUUCCAUCCUACCCUCCUGUAUGGCCAUCAAUUCUUCCCUUCCCAUCGUUAGCAAAAUUUUACCCCCCAUACAAUUCGCCGCCAGUGUCAAGCACUCAUCUUUCUUUAGACCCUUUCAAAAAUCCCGUAUUCAUGCCAUCCGAAAUGAGAAAUUCUUUGCUACCGAAUCCUUUGCAUGAUGCAAUUAAGGGAGAUUCGAGCAACAAGAAGCGUAUUUUAGAUGCAAUUCUUCAAGUUCAAAGAGAAAGCAGUUGUGGGCCUAUGGCCUCACUAGGAGGCCUUUCCCCAACAGCGGUUACUUUGGCAAUGAGUUUACCACAGCACGUCACGACGUCGGUGUUGUCUUCUGCAACGAGCGUUUCUACCACAUCUACGUCGUCGGGGGAACAGCCCAUCGAUCUCACGGUUCGUCGGAAGCGAAAAAUGGCAAAGCGCGACAUCACUUACCAGCCACACGAGGAAGAGAGGCAUCAAGGGAUAAAGGAUGACUUCCAUCGAGGGAUUGGUGAGAGAGAGGACGAUAAAGAUGAAACGCGAGGAAAAAUAGACGAAGAUGACGACGCAGACGAGGAGCCUUUGGAUGAACGUGCGAAGAGAGAGAUUCUCGUGAAAGGCACUUCUGAGAUCGUGGAUCUCAAGACGAGCAUUGAGUGCGCAACGAGGCUCCCGGAUGCCAAGUUUGAAGUGCCCUUGAAAAUAAUGAAGCUCGAGACUGCAGGUGAUGGCCUCAUCACUUAACCAUAGUGGCGGUUAUGCUUUUAGUGUAAACUUGUGCCUUUUGGUACAGCAAUCCAAAUUGACAUUGCAAUACAGUGUGCCAUAAUAAUUAAGUGCAAUUUAAAUUCUAGAGCAUAUUCUUAAGAUAAAUCACUUGGCGGAAUCAGUAUGGGGAUUUAUUGCAAUAAAUAUUAAAUUUGUAUUGUUUCUAGUUCUUCAUGUAGUAAAUUAGAAGAAUUUUCGUAUGUCGCCUAUGUUUCGUACGGGCUAUUCUUUCGUAUUCUGCUCAGUACGUUUAAGGAAAAUAUCUUACUUAUAGAGACUGUUGUUUAAUCAAUUGAAUUUUAAUUGUUUAUUGACAAAAUAAAACAGAAGAAAAAUGCUUUUAGUAUACCUUCAUAACAGGAACGUUGAUAUUUUGUCCAACAAUACGCUAUUCAUUUCUGUAAGAUCAGACGUAAGCAAGAUCCACAUGACAGUGAUGCUAUCAUGCAUAUUCUAAAGGAUUUAAGCUCGCACUAACAACUCCACAUCCGUUAAUGUCUUUUGAUUCUAUAAGAAUUUUGAAAAUUUUGAAGCUCUCAACUUACAGACAUUUAGUAAUCUCGAAAUAGUCGUCAGAACCUAAUGAAAAAGUGAUGCAAUAAUUUUAAUUAGACAAGAUUGAAGAGUAUUUAACCUGAGCAAAGAUACAAGAGCAAAUGAUGAUGGUACUGAAAUCAGCGGAUAUUAAACCGUGGAGUUUUUAUUUAUCUCCAUCCAAGAAAUUUAAGUGACAUCGCGUGAAAUUUUAUUGAUUGAAAUAUACAAGCACUUUACAUACUUACCACUAUUUUAUAGCACGUAAAUAAUUCAAACGACUAUGCAAUUCAGAAUUAAUCAGUAAACUGCGAUCUACAUACAGCAUAAGGAGAACUUCAGUUGGCUGGAUUAUAUAAUAUGAUUAGACGCAAAUCUAAUUGAACGGGACAAAUUGGUUUAAU